CUCCUCUGGCGCAUGCGCUCUGCACACUACGGCCCAAAGGCGUUGGUGGUUGGUGUCCGUACGAAGAUGCGUUGCACCCCGGCAGCAUCAGUACCAGCUCUGCCGUGCUAGAAAACCAAAUAGCGGGAGACGGAGGAGGAAUACCGGCGGUGUUUGCGGCUCGAGCGGCGCCGGUUGAUCGGAGCGGCGAGAUGGGGGACCAGAAGGUGAGGCGGAGCCGGAGGAACAGGUGUCUCUGAUGGGGGAAGCCGUUUCAGGGCGUAGCGUACAAAGGAAGGAGGUGGACAAGCUGCAAAACUGGGGAGUUUUUGGAUGCGGCACGGACUUGUGUGUGAUAGAUUUUGCUUUAUAUAUGAGUCAGCGUUAGCCUGGUUGAAGGUGAGGUUUCCCGGUCUAUGCCUACGAUGACUUGUUAUCGAUAAUUCGGUGUUAUUCCUGGGACGGGGGGCCUGGUGCAGCUCCUCUCGCAUCAACAGACAUUGCACAGUCCGUCAGUAUGAAUGGGCUUUUCACGAUGCACUGGUCAGCUAGAGACGAAAUGUAGCGUGCAUGAUCACCCAGAUGAGAAGUAAAAAAAAUCGUAUUGUAACCAAUCCAGUGCGAGUACAGUCUCUUUUGAAUCAGCUGUUCAAUGAUUGUGGAGCUGCAUAAUUCAAUUAGAAAUGCGCAUCCUUCCGCCCGUGAAGUGUCCUCCCUCCCUGUCCCUCUCUGAUCCUGUGUUUAAUCAUGUUUAAAAGGGUUCUCAGCGCCUAAAGCCCCAUGUGUCAUCUCUGAAGCAUCACACACUGAUUAAACCGGGCUCUACUGAGGUUGAUCUAAGUCUGUGAGAAGAGCUGCUUAAGUGUUUGUUUGGAGGAGAAACCUGCAGUCAUUUAUACCUCAGUCUCUGUUGGAGAAUAUGGAUUUGGACUUAUACUUUUAACCACUCCUUUUUUACCAAAAUCACUGUAUUCACAAAUAUUUUUUCUCCUUCAGGAAUCUCUGCGUAAGAUCACCCACACGCUGGCCAUGAAGAAUGAGGAAAUCUCAAACUUCGCUUGCACUCUAAAACAGAACCUGGAAAACUUGGAGGUAGUUAAAAAAAAUCACACACAAAGCUCAUCUACAACCAUUUUUUUCUGCAUAUAGUUAGUUUUUUCUUUAUCAAUGUGUUCUUGCAGACAGUUUUCUUUCUUAACUUGCUGUUUUGCUGUGUCAUCAGGCCAACUCCAACAGAGUCCAGGAGGACCUGGAGUCUGAGUUUAACGCUCUCCAUGCUGUUCUCGAUGAGAUGAAGGAAAACAUGUUGACUCGGAUCAAGCAGGAGAGAGCCAGUCGCACAUACGAGCUACAGGUAAGUGCUACUGUUUAUAAAACAACAGUAGAUGUGUUUUAUAACUUUUGCUAUUAAAGGGGUGGUAUUAUACUUUUUACAUUUACAACAAAAACUGCAGAGUUACAAUGUUUGUUGUCCAUACUAGCUGUAUGCAAAGUUUCAAAGUAUAAGGUACAUGUAUUUUGUCAUAAUCUUGGAAAAUAGAUGGAAACUGCUCAAAUUUCGGACAGUUGCAAGAAAAUGGGAGACUGUGAUCUAUGUGCGAGAUUUACUAAAAUGGUUAUGUAGAAUUAUAGGCUCUCCUUACUGGCUCAUCUGUGCUUCCAGUACAGCUGAUCAGCCUGCCUUCAAUAGUGUGUGAGGGGACACCAUAGACUGUAUAUAGAAUAUAUAGGUAUAUAUAUACCGUUUACAGUCUAUGCCUGACACCUACAGCAGAGUGUGGUAAUGCUCCAGUUAAGUGGAAGUUGAAAAACUAGCAAAUAUGACACCAGCAAAUGUGAGAAUUUUUUUAGCUUCUUUGUGCAAUAGUCUUGCAAUUAGUUGAUUAUUCACACUUGGCCCUAUGGUGGAAACUCUAAAUACUUAAAGUUUCAUAAUGGGAUUUUACAAACAAACAAACAAACAAACAAACAAACAAUGCAUAAUAUUGCAUCUCACAAUGCAAUAAAGUAGGCACAUUUUUUGUUUGUUCUAGCCAUGAAAUCAUUAAAUUAAUGUUGUUUGAACUUCAAGCUGUUAUACAGUCAUUUGCUGAAGUCUGUGAUAUUUCUUUAUGUUAUCUCCUGGCAUGCUCUAAAUUUUGCCACCAAAUAGCAGUUUUUGUCACCUCUAUUUCUUCCGUCGUAGAGAACAGUUUAUAAUUUUUCCAUGUCUAAAUAUCAUGAAAGUGUAUGUUAUUAUGUUUUCACUCUUGGUCAUGGUACAGGCUCUGAAAAGGAUAUUCUGGCAUAAAUUUAAGUUAUGGUCAAACACACUGCAACACUGAGUCAGACACCCCUUCGAGAGAUGAAUGUUGCCGACUGCUUGUUUCUCUGGUUAUACCAACUUUAGUAACGACCACAUGAUAGCAAUAUACAGCGGUCUAUGGAUCCACGCACAAACCUCAACCAAAAAGCCACUCUAUAGCCACAAAUAAUCAACAGUACAUAUAGGGUCCCAGCCAUCGCACUAGCCAUCAAACAUCUUUUUAGCUUUGCCUGAUUUCUUUAACAAAGAGACCAAACACAACUCACCCACUCUCCUUCAGCAGCCGCUUGUUUGUAGGGGAGCUCUGGCGAGUCAAUCAUGGAGUGCAGUGGAGUUUCGCAGCUCAAGGAAGAACAUUUAUGAUUAUUACUUCAUGGAAAUGCAAUCAGACUGAGACGCUAAGGCAGAAGGACUACUGUGUCUGCAAUGCAAAAUUAUUAAUAUGGUGAUUAUUACUUAAAGGGAAUGAUUAGCUAUUUGUGGCUGUAGAGUGGCUUUUUGGUUGAGGUUUGCACAUGGAGAGGUAGACCACUGUGUAUUGCUAUUGUGUGGUUGUUACUAAAGUUGGUAUAACUAGAGAAGCAAGCGGUCAGCAACAUUCAUCUCACAAGGGGGUAUCUGACUCGGUGUUACAGUGUGCUUGACCCUAAAUUGAUUUUACGCCGGAAUAUCCCUUUAAAAACUCUUCAGCCUCAGGGCAUGGCUAUGAUUGUCAAAUCAUGCUGCUGCAUAAUAAUCUCGGUAUAUCAUAUAGGAGUGUGUUAGUCAGCAGAUGUCCUCUGUUUGACUGUGCGAUGAUAUCUUUUUCUCAGAGUCAGCUGAGCGCCUGUUCGAAAGCCCUGGAGAGUUCAGAGGAGCUGUUGGAGCUGGCCAAUCAGACGCUCUGCUCCUCGGAGACAGAUGGUUUCACUCAGGUAACUGCCUGAUACUACUUCUGAUGAAACGCUGCUUUACUCUUUGCUCUGCUUGCUGAUUGUAACCCCAUUUAUAACUACUGAUGGUGAAUUUCAUGGUCCAUAUUUAUGAUGUGAUCUAUCCUUCUUGUGGUGUCCUACUACCAGAUAUUUUAACACAACCACCAGCAUGUUUUUUGUAUUAAAUGACUACUUGAUGGGCUACCACUCAGUUUUCUCUUCGCUCCGUAUCUCUCCUCUCUUUUUCCACGCCCUCUCUGCUUCUCCACCAGGCGGCCAAAGACAUUAAGGAUAGGUAUAGUACUCAGUAAUCUGUUGCUUCCCUUUCGUUGUAGACUCCUUUAAACAGUGAGCCCUCUUAUAAUGUAGCGUGCAUGCAUUCAGAUACGUAGCCACCGCACCCAUUGUGUAGACAAGAUGCACCAUGGAAAGCUUUCCAGUCCAGAGCCUUUUGUCUUUGUGUUGUGUCUAGUUGAGUCUGUACCAUUGUGUGCCAGCCUUGAUGACUGCUGCUCCCUCUCUGGCUUUAAUGUUUAUUUGGGUGAUGAGUUCAGUUGUAGAAACAGAAGUGUAGAAAAGCGGCCUUUUCUUAGUUGGCAGUAUUAGGAUCGUCUGUUUUUUUUUUUUUCCUCCAAAAGUCAGUGGAAUAAUGAGAGUUGCUUGUUUCCGCUCUGUUUGUUUGUGCGUUUUUGUGUGUUUCUCUUUGUCUGCAGCGUGACAAUGGCUCCAGCCUUUCGCCUUUCCCUGAAGGCUAAAGCCAGUGACAACAUGAGUCACCUGAUGGUGGAUUUCAGCCAGGAGAGGGGGAUGUUACAGGGCCUCAAAUUUCUCCCAGGUCUGCUCCACUUUCAUUCAAAGAAAUGCACAUUGAAACAAAAGGGCUGCAAGUGUUAACCACAUUGGUUGCCCGGUGUAAAUUUACAUCAGUACUUGGGUGUAUCCCACUCAUUGUUCUAUUUUUGUUCUAAUUUUUGUUCUUUUUGCUUGUUGUUGCUACUGGUUGCCAUAUGAAUUAGGAUGUCUGCUUCAAAAUCAAAAACAAGCAGUGGUUUGAUGUCAAAUAAAUGACCCUUGUUUUCACAAAGUUCCAAAACGUAUUUGAAAUAUUAAUGAGUGAAAUGACUGGCUCCAUGCAGUAUGAAAGGGGUCGCUCACAGUGAUGAAACCACAGAGAACAAGUCACCCGACUCUGCAGCUGUGUGAGGCUGCUUAACCUCUUUAAUGCAUUGGUGUGGUUUACAGCCCACACGUCUCCCUUCAGGGCUCAGAGUCAGUGUUAGCAGCUGUUUCCUGCAAAAAGUUCAGAUAAAACCCCUGUUCUGCACCCAACUAGCACCAAAAAGCUAAUGGAGAAUAAGGAGCUGAUGGAAGUGGCUUGUGGUAGAGUGAAUAAGAUUCAUCAGGUGGAAAGAAGAAUUAUAUUAGAUGAUAACAUUUCUGUUUAUGCUAAAUGUCUAAAAACAGUUUUUGCUAGCAAAAUUGCUACUUUGUAACACUGCCCCCAUGUGGCUUUAGUCAAUUGCUGCACUUGAGAUGUUAUUUUUAUGCAUCAUAAUGCAUCAUGGUAAGUUUAAAUGACAAUUUUUACAGUGCAUGUUUUAAGUUUGAGUAUUUUUCACUAUAUUGUAAGAGCAAGGGUUUGAGGAUGUUUUUGUAACAGGCCAACUGUCCUCUCUCUCCAGUUCCUGCAACUCCAGAGAUCCAAGUCUCAGAGUGCCAGGUUUGCGACAAUACAGUGACUGUCAUUUGGACCCUACCGGAGCCUGACAGUAAGAUUGACCACUACAUAUUGGAACAUCGACGCACAAACCACGAGGGCCCGCCGCGCAUCAGAGAAGACUACCCCUGGAUGGUGGUGGAGGGGAUACGAGAGUUAGAGCACACACUUACAGGUAGGGGGAGGACUGUGUGGGAGGUAUUUCUCGUCAUAAGUUUGAGGCCCGGGGAAGAAAGGAGUGAAUCAUAAUGAAAGUUGUGUUUUCAUUGUCAGGGCUGCGCUUUGACACCCGGUACAUAACGUUUCGAGUGAAAGCGUGUAACAAAGCUGUGGCAGGAGAGUUCUCUGAGCCGAUAACACUAGAAACUCAUGGUAAGAACACUUGACUGGAUUUAGAUCUAAAGCUGUAAUGUUGUUGAUAGAUUAUUAUCACUGACAAUGAGAAUUAAAUUUUGUGUCAUACUUUGAGAGUGUAAAUGAAAAGUUUCGCUCAUUCUUUUGUUGGCAGCCUUCACCUUCAAACUGGACUCUGCCUCCUCCCACCAGAACCUGAAGGUGGAGGACCUGAGUGUGGAGUGGGACAGCAGCGGAGGAAAGAUACAAGACAUCCGCAAGGAGAAGAACCGAACUAACUCUCCGAUGCACUCUCCAGCCAGGUCUGCAUGAACUUGUAGAAUCUGAUUUCAGUUGAGGACCCAUGAAGCCUUUUGACAUGUCCUUCCUGUCAUUAUGAGUGCAUCUCAAAAAUCUGGAGCCUUGAGAGUUUGUCGUCUACCAUCUGCCUCUGUCUCAUCAGGUCAGCUCUGAUGUCGCCAAAGAGGGCACCGACAGCCCGGCCUGGCAGAGACAGAUUUACUGCUGAGUCCUACACAGUGCUGGGUACGCAAAAAACACAUUUCGACAUCCUUAGGGCUAAAACUCACCAGGCUGCAGUAACUGGCUGUAUACUCAUAAGAACUAAGCUGCUGUGAGAGCAUAAAUCACUUCACUGAUCGAGCUUCGAGCAAAAAAAUUAAAUAGAGCUUCAGUAGAAACAGAAAAUACAAAGAGGCACCUUUUAGCCCUUCGACAUGCUGGGAACGACGCAAAUAUACGACACGAAAUUACGAAAUAUUCAGAGGCGAAUUUUGACACGCCUUACUAUACACAUCAAGCACAAUGCGGGUGGAAGCGAGAAGACUGACGCAACAGCAGACUGACUGUUUUCAGUUCUGAUUAGACACUAGUGUUGAGAUGGCUGUCUGUCAUGAUAGCAUGUACUGAGUCGAGGCCAGUACCAGAUAAGCACAUUAAACUAUAAUCCAUAAACGUAGGGUAACAACGGAGACAUAAUGUUGCUGUGACAGGGUCGUGAUUGAGUUUGAGACAGUGAAAAUACAUAUGGUAUGUUGUAUCUGAACAGGUUGGAAAGCUGGAUGCACAAGCAGAUGACUUACCAUGAAAGCUAGUUUUAACCCUCCCAUACUGUUCAAAUCCUGUACCCUCAAAGUAUGUUCCGGGUCAAAAUUGCCCCUUCAAAGAGUUCAAAGAGCAGCUUUCUGUCACAGAAAGUUGUCUUGACUAGUUAGGUCAUUUUGACCUCUGUCUGAGUGUGUCUGUGUGACUGUAUGUCUGUGUGCGUGCGUGUGUGUGUGUGUGUGUGUGUGUGUGUGUUUCUGUCAAGGUAAUGAUAGUUUCAUAAUGAUUUGAAUAUAUCUUUUUGAACAGCAAACCUUAUAUUGAACACUGUUGUUACUGUUUGUCACUUGUCCCACACUGCUAGAUCUGAAAUCCAUCUAAAUAGAUACGGGACAAAUUUUACCUGUAACAGCCUUAGAGGGGAAAAAUUUGUAGCACAUAAACAAAAAUACACAUGAAUAUUUUUCAAUUAAUUUCAUGUAUUUUGGGACACUUCAGGAAAAGUCAUCAAGUUUCAGGCUUAAAAAAUGAUGUUUAGGGUAUUUUUACUGCUGUUAAAAGUCAAAACGGGUCAAAUUUGACCUGAACAGUAUGUGAGGGUUAAGUCCAUUGGUCUCUCAAGGUUAUGGUGCUAUUUUACAAUUAUUAUAAACAGCAUAAUUUAUAGCAUAAGUACAGUAUUUCUAACUCCUUUUUCUCUGGUGAAACUGCCAAAACUCAAACUUAAUAUUAUGUAAGCAAGACUCUCCACAGAAACGUAUCAUGUCAGCAAUGAAAUGAGAAGCAGCAGUCGACAUUGCAUCGUAGUUACAAUCUGUAUCUUUUCAUUAGCCGACACAGUGAUUGAUGCUGGCCAGCAGUACUGGGAAGUGAAGUUUGACAAGGAGAGCAAAGCCUUCGCUGUGGGUGUGGCCCUGCGAAGCCUCGGACGAUUUGACCAGUUGGGGAAAAGCGGCGCUUCCUGGUGCAUCCAUCUGAACAACUGGCUGCAGCAGAGCCUCACAGCUAAGCACAACAACAAGGCUCGCACACUGGACUGUCCCAUCCCAGGCAGUAUAGGAGUCUAUGUGAACUAUGAGGAAGGCAAGAAUAACACGUACACAUAGACAGAGUGACUACUGGUCUGUUGAAGAUUUGACUCUUAAAACACACUUUAAACGUAGCGGUUUUGUUGUUCUGGGAUUGUGCAAAAGACAGAAACCAGCGAGUAGUUUGAAUAGUUUUGAACAGUUUUUAGACAGCAGAUAUGAAUAAUUUUAUGAUUUUCUCUCCACAGGUGUACUGUCUUUCUAUAACGCCAAAACUAGACAGCUAAUGCACACCUUCAAAACCAAGUUCCAGCAGCCAGUAAUACCAGCUUUCAUGGUGAGGGCUGCACUCAAAAACUUUCAAAUAUACAUUACAUAACUUUUCCCUUUUUCAAACUGCUUAUCUCUGUUCUUCCCCCCCUGCAGGUGUGGAACGGCAGUUUUUCAGUGGUGACAGGCCUGCAGGUCCCCAGCAUAGUGCAAAGUGGUCAGAGGAAAAACAGCAACACCAGCAGCUCCAACGCCAGCCUCACUUAGUCCCAUUUCUCGAGCCAGCUGGACGCCUUCCAGCUCUACUCUAGUACAGUCAGUGCUGCAGACUUCACCUCUGCUGCAGUCAAAGCCAUAUCAUGAAAGAGUUACAUCACUGGAAUCUGUUUGGUUUAGCCUGUUCCACAUGCGGUGUCUGUGUUGCAUGACAGCAUAUACGGUUUUGAGAACGAGUGAGUCAUUUGUGCCGUCGGACAGAUUCUUCAGAACUAUGACUCUGGCUGUUGUGCUUGCUCGGGACACGUUAGCUUUAGUCCUACUAGUUUCCCCUGUCUACACAUUUAUUCAGCACUGUCCCACUGUUGCUAGAGCAAUGAUUUAGCGCUGGCCGCUGCCCCCCCUCCUUCCUGUCCAUCACCAAAACUUUCAGCCGUACUGUCAAUGCAGCUAGCUGCGGGUACAGGGUCAAGGCCUGUCCUGUAUGCUCUCUCCCUGUGCCUUCCUCCUCAUUUCCAAACUCUUCGGCCAACACGCUAAUAUUUCACUGCAAGAAAUAGUCCCCCUAUACAUUAUACAAUGUUUCGUGCAAGUGUCACUGUAACUUGAGACGUUGCUUGAUGUUAAAUACCAAGUACUGAAUCUGCCUCUAUUCAUCAACCAACUUAUGUAAUCUAAAUAACAACCUGCUACUAGACAAUGCUGCUGAAUAGAAUGUAGUUCUUUACUUGAUCAGGAUUAUGAAACUCUUCUUCGCCAGCAAUUAGAAGAUCACAAGAAACAACCAACACAUAUUUGGUGUGUUUUAUUUAUGUUUCUUACAAAAGCAUGAAGAAUUAACAGUAUUUACUACAUUUCACAGUCUGUAGUCAGGUUUCACACUUAACGUACAAGAAAACGGAUCUAAAACCUGCUGCUGAGGUUCAGUUAGUUUUGAUUUAGAGCAGUGGUUCUCAAAUCCAGUCCUCGAGCCCCCCACUGUCCUGCAUGUUUUGGAUGUUUCCCGGCUCCAACACACCUGAUUCAAAUGAUCAACUCGUUAUCAAGCUCUGAAAACACACCUGAUUCAAAUGAUCAGCUCGUUAUCAAGCUCUGGAAUGGCUUAAUAACGAGCUGAUCAUUUGAAUCAGGUGUGUUGGAGCAGGGGAACAUACAAAACAUGCAGGACGGGGGGCUCGAGGACUGGACUUGAGAACCACUGAUUUAAAGUCACUGUCAGCUGUAGACUUAAUCUGACAGCUAGACUCUGCACAGAGAGUUAGAUGAGGGUUUUCUACAGUGUUUUACUACAUGUAGAGGGGUCAUAGUGUUCAGAUAUGGCUUCAGAAGUUUGGAAAUGACUGUACUGUAUACGUUAUAUUCACUCAAUUGCACCCUAAUGCUUGUAUGUAAAGUCUGUAUGUGUCUAUACCUAAUUCCACAACUUUACUGAAAAGAAUCCCAUAAUUAGUAGCGGAAUGACUGUUUUCCAAGUAUAACACAUAGCUAGCAAGGAGCUCCUGGAAACAACUUGUCUUUAAAGAGCUAUCCAGGUUUUGGACCCAACUAGAUGAGAAGCAAAUAUGAGAAACUGAAGUUUUGAGGUCCUUCUUUGUCACCAACCCUCUGUUAUGUUUCCCCGUUUACCGUCUUGCUUUGACAUGCUCUUCCCUGUGUGAGUGUGUGCUUCUGAGUAACUGUAGCCUACAAUGCUUUAAAAAGAAGCUUCCAGCUGAGAAUUAUGUUCACUUUAUUUCACAUGCUGACAUGACGUCACAGUUUAUUGUAAAUAGUUUUCCACUACAGUGUAUCAGUCAUUGAGGUAAUAAAGAGGUAAGAUGACUUUGUUCUCCGAUUACUGCUUCGAUAAGGAACAAAUCAAAGAGAAGGAAAAAAAGUGUCUCAGAGAAAAAAGAAAAAAAAAAUUGAUACAAGACCUUAAAAAUAAAAACUAAUUUGUAGCUGGUGCAUGGCAGUUACUUGUUCAUGUCUGAUUUAAUUUGACAGACAUUUUUUUUUUACUUUACAGAAAAAAUAUUUACAAUUCAUUUACACACAGUUAGCAAAUAGGUGACAUCUCUUUACAGCAAAUAUAGUACAACAUAUCCAAUGACUAAAAAACUAUAAACAACACUGACAGAUCGAUACAGUGCAAAAUGUACAAGACAAGCAGUGACGCUAAUGUGACGCUUAUUAGUGAAUAAAUUACAGUGAAUUUAUUUGCUAAUGAGAGAAAGGGAGGGGUGAAUCAAUAAAGUGUCAAUCUUCUGAGCAGAUCUACUGCUGACAGCCAACGAGGAGGAGCAAAGACAAGGACGAGCUUGUCCGUGUAUAUACAACUGCUCCCCGCGGCUUGUAGUCCUUCAUCUUGUCGGCACAGACUCAUACAGUGGAUUUCUCUGUACAAGCUCGAGAGUCAUAGAUGUUUUGAGAGGUUCUCACCAGGAGAUGUCACUCUUGACACUUCACCUUUUGCUGCAGUACGAGUUUCAGCUCAGGCAGUAUGGCAAAAGGAACUAGAGGACACAGGACAAUAAGUCUUAGUAUGAAGGCGAGAGUAUUUAAUAAAUGAGAAAAGAAAUCAGGCUGAAAAUAAAGCACUAAAAUGAAGAAUGAGUGGACUUACUCUGUGCGGUAGUUUCUUGGUGGGGUCUCAUCUUUGAAUCCUGGUUGAUGGAGGGGGAGGUAGAGAGGGGAGGUGCUGGAGGAUGGGACCACUUGCGAGGAAGGGGGGUAGGUGGCAUCAUCGCUUUCUUUGGAGCUUUAAGUAGACCAAAAAACACGCAGUGAUUAGAGGUCAUAAAAAGUUAAGUCAUUUUAGGUCACGCGGUAAGAAGAGAGAAAACAUUUUCACCGCAUCUAAGAUUGUUUGAUUAAGAGUGUGGGACUUACGCUGCAGUGUGACCUCGGAGGAAUCCUCGGCCUCCUUUUCUUUCUGCUCCACUGUUUGAACACAAGCUUAUGUCAGCGAUAGCAGAGUGAAAAAAUGAAGCCACACCUGUUUCUGUUUGCACGGCAUGAGAAAAUGGCAGCGAUGAUAGAUGGACUGCAUGAUUGGAUAGGCAGAGGUGGGUUCCUACUUACAUGUAAAAUUCAGAUAAAUGCUUUCCAUUUCAUCUUGUUCUGGUGCUGGUGCUGGUGUUGGUGCUGGUUCAGGGCUCGGUAUCCUGGGAACUAAAGAAAGAAAGUCACAUCAUUAAAAUUAUUACAUGUUUGCUGCAAUGUAGGGUACAGUAUAAUCACCAAGGAACACAAAGCUUACUGUCGUG